CGAAGAAAUUCCAAGUUCUGGUUUACGUGCUGCGAACUCGGAAAGCAAGGGUCUCGGUGACAGGUCAGUUCCGGUUAGGUUCAGUGACGUGCAAGGAGAGCAGCCUGUCGACAGUGUGCUGCCUGGUCUUGGCUCUCCUUCUGCCUCCCACCCUCCCCUCGUCUUCCUCCCUCCUCGACGAAAGAGAGUGCAACCCUUGGGGCAGACGCGGAUACACAGACCGACAGAGGAAGACGAGACCCACCCACCGACCGACCGGGCGAGCGACGAGAAAGAGAGAUAGUUGGGUUGUAGUGGCCGUCGAGGGAGAGUCCGAUCGACUGCAUCCGGGACUUAAAAGAACAUCGCACGAUUAAGGGAGAUUUGCAAUUCAUCGGGGAAAACUUGAAUCAGUCGGCGUCGAAAGUGACGAAGAUCGUAUAGAAGGGUGUGGAGAUCGAGGAAAGGGCAGAAAAGCGCGCCUGAAGGCGCAGAGUUUUCCACGCCCGGCCAUCGAUGGUGGUAAGGGCUUUGUCACCCCGUGUUCACCACGAGGUAGGACUCGCGCCGAGAGAGAAGUUUGCACCGGCUUCUCCUUCUGAUAGGGGAGCCAGUGGUAGUACCAGCGCUGUUGCUGGUUUACCGCAGCACGGUCCCGAAGGCGGCACCAUGACGGUGGUGAGCACAGCGAGCGGGCUGCUGGCCAUGCUCCGAGAGCAGCAUCCUGUAUUGAAGCUGCAUGCCCUCAACAAUCUCAAUGCCUUCGUGGAUCAUUUCUGGCCCGAAGUCUCGACAAACAUAUCUGCCAUUGAAAGUCUGUACGAGGAUGAGACUUUCGAUCAAAGACAAUUGGCCGCAUUGGUAGCAUCGAAGGUUUUUUAUUACCUUGGGGAGUUGAAUGACUCUCUCAUUUAUGCGUUAGGGGCGGGACCGUUGUUUGAUGUCACUGAGGAGUCGGAAUAUGUGCAGACCUUGGUUGCCAAGUGCAUCGACGAAUACAUCUCUUUGAGCGUGAAAGCUUCCGAGACCAUUGAAGAGUCUCCACCAUUAGAUCCAAGGCUCUUGGCCAUUGUGGAAAAAAUGCUUGACAAAUGCAUGGCGGAUGGAAAGUUUCAGCAGGCAGUGGGGAUAGCUCUUGAAUGUCGAAGGCUUGAUAAGCUGGAAGAGGCCAUCACGAAGAGUGAAAAUAUUCCGUCUUUGUUGGCUUACACUCUACGUCUUUCACAAACCUUUGUCACGAAGCGGGAGUUUCGUCACGCGGUACUACGCCUUCUCGUCAGGAUCUAUCAAAGUCAGCCAAGUCCUGAUUAUUUGAGUAUCUGCCAGUGCCUCAUGUUCUUGGACGAUCCAAGCACUGUUGCCACAACUCUCGAUGAUCUUAUUAAAGGAGACAAAGUCGAUGCUCUUUCUGCCUACCAAGUGGCUUUCGAUCUUUUUGAAAACGAGUAUCAACUGUUUCUUCUAAAUGUAAGAGAUCGUCUCCCCGAAGUCAGAGCUUCGAGUUCUCUUGAUGUUGCCGGUAGUGGUGCUCCUGCUGCCGUCCCCGUAGCGAUGCCCGCACAACCAGUUACUGCUGAUGCGGACAAUGGGGCCACUGCAGACAGCGGUCCGACUGCCAUGGAUACCUCUGAUGGAGAGCCUUCCGAAAGGACUCCUCUGUUAGCUCGUGAACCUUCACCAGCCCCACAAGUGCAACCAGUUCAUGUUGUUCAACCCGUUAGAGAAUCUCCAGAGCCGACUGCAGCAGCGGAAGAUGCAGCAGAGUCGUCGGAAAUGUCAACGUAUGCUCAAAGACUCACGAGGUUGAAGGGAAUUUUGUCUGGUGAAACACCUAUCAAUUUGACACUUCAGUUUCUGUACAGCAACAAUAGAUCGGACCUUUUAAUACUUAAAACUAUAAAACAGACAGUUGAGCUCAGAAACAGUGUUUGCCAUAGUGCUACUAUUUAUUCGAAUGCGCUCAUGCACGCCGGAACGACAGUGGAUACUUUUCUGCGUGAUAAUCUUGAUUGGCUUAGCCGAGCUACAAACUGGGCUAAGUUCAGUGCGACAGCAGGUCUUGGUGUCAUACAUCGUGGUCACCUCCAACAAGGCCGCUCCUUGAUGGCUCCUUAUCUGCCUCAAAACGGAACAGGUGGUGCGAGUCCUUAUUCAGAGGGAGGGGCUCUUUAUGCACUUGGUCUUAUCCAUGCCAACCAUGGAGAGGGCAUCAAGCAGUUCUUGCUCGAAAGUUUGAAAAACACCAAUAACGAGGUUAUUCAACACGGUGCAUGUCUGGGUUUGGGUUUGGCAGCUCUUGGUACGGCCGACGAGGAGAUUUACGAGGAUGUCAAGAAUGUUCUCUAUACCGACAGUGCAGUUGCUGGAGAGGCUGCAGGAAUAGCUAUGGGACUACUCAUGGUUGGAACUGCUAGUGAGAAAGCUGGAGAGAUGCUUGCAUAUGCUCACGAAACCCAGCAUGAAAAGAUCAUCAGGGGUUUGGCAUUAGGAAUUGCGUUGGUUGUUUACGGCCAAGAGGAAGAGGCCGAUACGUUGAUUGAGCAGAUGACCAGAGACCAAGACCCUAUUUUACGUUAUGGGGGUAUGUACGCGCUCGCCCUAGCGUACAGAGGCACUGCCAACAACAGUGCAAUUCGUCGCUUGCUGCACUUUGCCGUCUCCGAUGUUAGCGAUGACGUUCGGAGGACUGCCGUUUUGGCUUUGGGUUUUGUGCUUUGUUCUGAACCCGAACAGACGCCUCGGAUCGUAUCAUUGCUGUCGGAGUCUUACAAUGCACACGUGAGAUAUGGCGCAGCUAUGGCUGUGGGAAUCUCAUGCGCUGGGACUGCUUCUAGUGAAGCUAUUUCCCUGUUGGAGCCUUUGACAUCGGACGCAGUAGACUUUGUGCGUCAGGGAGCCCUGAUUGCCAUGGCCAUGGUGUUGAUGCAGACAACAGAAGCACGAGAUCCUCAUGUUGGCGCCUUCAGGCGGCAACUGGAGAAAAUCAUAUUGGAUAAACAUGAGGAUACAAUGAGCAAGAUGGGUGCAAUUUUGGCACAAGGAAUUUUAGAUGCGGGUGGUCGUAAUGUCACCAUCAUGCUUCAGUCAAGAUCUGGUCACGAUCGCAUGACUGCUGUUGUAGGGAUGGCCGUAUUUAGCCAGUUCUGGUAUUGGUAUCCCCUUCUAUAUUUCAUAAGCUUGUCUUUCGCGCCGACAGCUUUUAUUGGUCUCAAUCAUGAAUUGAGAAUGCCCAGAUUCGACUUCAUUUCAGAUAUUAGGCCUUCAGUGUUUGGCUAUCCACCUUCUAUAGCACCACCGACUACAACUUCGGCUGUGAAGUUUCCAACAGCUGUCCUGUCCACAUCAGCACGGGCGAAGGCUAGGCAAAAGAAGGAUGCAGCUGGAAAGGGUCAUGUUCUCGGAGGGAGUUCUCCGGGGCACGCCGACGUAGGAUCCAGCGCAGAAGUUAGUGGUGACUUCAAUGAGACAACUUCGUCUGGGAAAGAUGGAACUGCGAUGGAGGUUGAAGCUGGCCCAGAAAAGAAGCCGGCUGAAGCCAACACAGAAGUCUUGAGUAACCCAGCCCGGGUUGUUCCCGCACAAGAGAAGUACAUCAAGUUCCGAGAAGAUAGUCGGUACAUGCCAGUGAAGAGGUCUCGACCUUCAGGUUUUGUCAUGUUAAAAGAUCUAGAACCCUCAGAGCCUGAGGAGCUGGUGUCAACCGACACCCCCAUCUCUGCUGGGGCUCCUGGCACUGCACCUAGUGCUGCAGCAGCUGCUAAUGCACCUCCUUCUGGAUUGGGAGCUGAUGACUGGGAUCCUCCACCACCCGAGUCUUUCGAGUACAUUCCCUAGAAGACUGUACGAGGGUUAACAGUGAGGCCAAGAAGUCUUCUAAAUGCCACACAGGGAAGUCCAUUACAGCUUGAAUGGGCUGCGUAUGAGUAGAGAGCUUCGAGGACCAUGAACUGACCUGAUUCACAGUGAUAAGGCCUACUGCUAAUCUCCAGCGCUGGCUUAAUGACUCAGUAUGGUCUUUUAUUACUGUCUUUGUGUAUCAUUCAUUUUCUGAUUCAAGAACAGAGUCCAAUAGUUCUAGUUCACGCGAAAGGCUAAGCAUUGAAGGAAUGAUCCAGGGGAAGUACUUUGCAUCCAAUUGUUUAUGGUCUGUUUAUGGUGGUUUUUCUGUUGAUCGGCUAUCUCUAUUCUCGAGGUCAAGGUCCUUGGAAGAAUUUAUCGUACUUCCGGAUCUGCCUUGAGAGCAGAAAACGAGCCCCUUAUAGGUCACGUGAUGUGCGCCACAUGUGGGUUCUUGGGUACUUAGUCUCCAGGAAGCCACAUACGCAUCUACUGGUUCUUGAGCCGUAUCCCACCCUCCUUGCUGAGGUGCCUUUAUAGGUGCAAGGUCAUUUGGAGGUCGCCUUCCGCUUCUUCCCCAUUGGGAUCAUCUCUUCUGGAUAGAGAUGCAGGUGAGACCUGCACUUUCCUCUAGCCUUUAGUCUCAUCCCUUGUUUCAAAGUGGACAACGUGUAUAGUUUGGCCACAGUGGCUAGGUUGGAUCCAACUUUUUGAUGACAAGGGAAAAUGAUAUUUAUCGAAAGAUUUGAAGGUCGGCUACAUCUGAAGCCAUUACGGUGAAGUGAGUUUGCAGUCUUUGGGGAGAAUUCCAUCAAUUCCGUGCACUUUGGAUAUCUUCUCAUCCAGCAAUAAAUCAAUUUUGCGGCCUAAUC